AUGCCGAGCAUCCCUUUGGAAGUUGCGUGGCAUAUCUACAGCCAGUGCGAUCUUCACACACAGUCAGUCUUCCCAUGCUGUUCUCGCGCCUGGCACACGUUUUUCAAUCCAAUUCUUUAUCGGGAUAACGUCAGACACCAUGGUUCCUCGUCUGUGUUCAAGGCAAUAGCGAAAUGCAAGGAUGAAACCAUUACCCUCGCAACUCUCAGAGCUGCGCAUAAGGGAGGGGCAAGCUUUAACAUAUCCACACCAAUGGUCCUGCCGGAACUGUGCAGCAACACCUUCUUCUCUGUUACUCCCUUGUAUCUGGCUGCGUCCCUGGGUCGAGGGCAGAUCGUUACUUUCCUCCUUGAUCACGGCGCCGAUAUUGACGGCGUUUUAGACUACCAACUCAGGACUCCGCUAUUCAUAUCACUAAUCAAUAAGGAUGCGGCAACUUCGAUGAUCCUCUUGCGUCGCGGGGCUUGUCUUGAGUCAAGUAGUUUCGGCAUCAACGCGCUGCAUCAAGCUGCCGCCGCUGGGCUCAAAGACGUUGUAACCUAUCUCGUAGACGAGAGGGGUCUCGACAUUGACGAAGGUGAUAGCAACGGCGACACUCCCCUGAUUCACUCCUUGCUCUCUCCCACUCCGGACGACAUCAUUCUGCAUCUUAAGAAUCACAACGUAGACAUUAACAAGCCGACCAGCAUAGACAUGUGGCACGUGACGCCCCUCAGCAUGGCGUGUGAGGAGGGCAUGUUUGCGGUUGCCCGCAGCCUCUUGGAAGCUGGAGCAGAUGCCACAGGGAGCGGGGACACUUUGGUCGACGGCGCGGAUCCAUAUUUCGGCCUCUUCGUACAGUUUCCGCUCGAGCUAGCUCUACUCGCGACAACUGAGCGGGCAGAAGGCAGGACAUUAGCCCAAAAAAGGCGUCUUCUUGAGCAACUACUAAAGUCGGGUGCGGACCCAAACGUGAUGGUCUGCAUAUCUGAACGUUCUAACUGGACUGGGCCGUUGCUACUGAAGCUGAUCCGUAUGAAGCGAAGAUGGGAGGCUGAGUUUCUGCUGUCGACAGGACUCGUGGAUAUCGACAAAUGCGACUCGAGAGGGGUCACAAGCCUCACCUGGGCGCUUUCGACCUCCCACGGUGAUUCUCGCAUGGCGUCUGCCUUGCUGCGGCGGGGUGCGAGGCCGGAUCCGGCGGCUUUGCGGAGGGUGAUUACGAAAGUUGGACUUUUAAGCCAAGCCACCAAUUACUGGGGACUGGUAACUAUCCUGACCAGAGAGCCCAAACUUCUGACGGUUUUCCAAAUUCUAUAUGGCUAUUGCUUCCAUACGUCGCUAAGGGGCAGAAACCCUACUGCAUCAUCGUUUCUGCGGGAGUCACCAAGGCCAGUCAUUCGCCUCAUCACGGAGAUGCUUAAGAAGAACGUUACCCUAUCCAGGGCGGGGCUUUUGAAGGUGCUAUCGUUACAACCAGAACGGGAUUUAGGCGGAGGACCAAUCAUCGCUGGGCUAUUUGCCUAG